CGGAUCACGUGGUUGACAUGCUACUUGAAUUUUCGUAAGAGAAGAAGUGUUACUACACGUUUUCGUCAUUAGCUAUGGCUGCUGGAAAGUUUGAAGAAAAAGAACAUGCUUCUUUUUACGCAAAAUACCGACCAAAUCCGCCUCAAGUUAUUACCGAUAAAGUAAUAGAAUACUUAGGAGAAAAGAUUACAUCACCUUACAGACACAUCUUGGACGUUGGAUGCGGAAACGGACAAAGUACACUUAUUUGGAGACCGUAUUUUCAAAGAAUUACCGGAUGUGAUAUCAGCGCUGCCCAAAUAGAAGAGGCCAACAACAGUAACACGUUUGACAACGUAAAUUUUAUUGUGUGCCCUUCAGAAGAUAUACCACUGGCCGAUAAUUCUGUAGACUUGUUAUCCGUAGUUACAGCUUUUCAUUGGUUUGACAUUGAAAAAUUUUUAAAAGAAGCCAAAAGAUUAUUGAUGAAUAAUGGAGUUUUAGCCGUUCAGUCUUACCACAGAAUAUUCAAAGUGAUAUUCGAUACAGAUGAGAAAACGGAAUUAGCAAACGAUUUAAUGAAAAAGUUAUUUUUUGACAAUUUACGAGACUAUUGGUCUCCAAAGUUAGAACAUUUAGAUAAUGAAUAUAGCUUGGUGAAUUUUCCAUUCGGUGAUAUUAUUAAACAUUCCGGAAUAAAAAAUAGAAGUAAAGUUGCUGUGGUUACACUUAUUGGAUUCAUUAACAGUUAUUCUCCUUACCGAGCUUUCAAAAAUGAUUAUCCUGAGAAAGCAGAAUGUUUAAUGAAAGAAUUAAAAGAAAAGCUUUGUGAACUGAAUGAAGGAGAAAGUAAACCGAUUAUAGUGGAACAAGACCAUUUUUUGAUUCUGUGCAGAAAUGAUAAAGAUAAUUCUUAAUUAUAUUUCGUGUACUUGUUCACAAUAAUGUAAUAAGAUAUACAAGAUACAAAACAUAUCUCCUCGUUUAUAGUUAUUAAUUAUAAAAUAAACUUAUCGGAGGCAAGCGUAAUUUAAAGUAGAAUGUAUAAAAGUGUAGCGGUCAAAAUUUUUGUUGCCGCAUCACAUAUUUUAACCAAAAUUCAUAUUUUGAAUCGUCUGUUCGGCAGAAGGUUUAUAGGUACAGUACACAUCAUCUCAAAAUAUACAGUACAGUACAUUAAUUGUAACAGAUUUCUGUUUGUUUCUCUCUUCACUAGAUGGCGACACACGAAUUAGUACUGUACUUCCUUUCAAGGGAUUAUUUAUAAGAAAGGUGUAUUAUUGAAGUUUACUACAGUAUUAUAUUUGAAGCACUGGCAUUAAAAAAUAAUUAGUUAUAAAAAUAAUUAUAAAAAUCUUCGAGGCAUUUAAAUAAGUGACGUCAUUACGCUAGAUGGCAGUACGUUAACAUAUGGGGAAAUAUGGCGGGGUUUUCGAAAGUUACGUGAUUCGUUAGGCCUAGCUGUAUUUGUGUGAGCUAGUGUUACACCCGGACAGUCCGGGUGAACUAUUAAUUUUGUCCGGGAAUUUCGUAGAUAUUGUGAAAUUACGAUGAAACAGAGUUCUUGCAAAUAUUUCUACAAAUUUACACUAUUUUAACAGCGAAAGAACUCAGACUCACUGAAACUCAUUUACAAUUCUGCCAUGUUAGUCUGUUUACCCCGAUAUGUAGCAUACAACCUGUCGCUCUUUUAUUUUUGUUUGCGUGUACUGUUUGAUCGUACACGUCUCAGAACUAAGUUAUCUUUACCUGUUCUUUCUUAAUUUAGAUUACCUGUGUUACUCCUAUGCAAGUCCCUAGUCACUAACUGUAAUUGAUUUAGAACCAGUAUGCACGUUAUUCUUUGCAUUGUAAAAUGACAUUGCGCAUGUGUCAGGAACUUCUGUUUGAACAAACCUGACCUGUCGUCCGGGCCAGCAAUUUUGAAAAGGUGGCAACAGUAGUGUGAGUGAAGAUUAUGCCUACUCGGAAAUGAAAACCUUGGCCGAUCUUCAAGGAAAAUUAAACUGGUAAGACUGUCUAUAGUGCUCUGAAGUGGAAAAAUGAAUCAGAGAAUGUACUGCUCUUUUGGCAAAAUUAAACUGGAUGUUCUUGCCCUUCGAACCUCUUCUAUUACUAUUAAAUGGGACUUAUCCUGACACUAAACAUUUCUUAAAGAACAUUAGGGGCGCGUUUGGAAAUUGUAACCGACCGGUUACAAUUUCCAAACGCAUCCAAGUGCUUACAAUAGUGCCUUCCAAAUGACAAGUUUUGGUGCCACUGAAAUACUUGAAAGAAAUUUCAUGCCAACAUUCAAAAUUCAAGGACAGAUAUAUCAUUUAUAGCAUACCAUUAAUCCCGACAAACUACUCAUUCAAAUUUAAAUGCCUACAAUUUCCAGUUGGUCUAUGCUUUGUAAUAACCAUUAACAAGUCAUGAGGCCAAAGCCUUAGAAUUGCAAAACUUGACCUUGGAUGCAAUUGCUUUUCAUGUGGCCAACUCUACAUUGUGUGCUCACAUGUUAUUAGCUGCAAAUCUCUAUUCAUUUGUGUCCCUAAUAAUAAAACACAAAAUGUUGCAUAUCAGGAGGUUAUUCGAUAAGUUUAUCUAGAAAAUAUUCCACAUCUUUAAUUAAUAGGUAUAUUAUGAAUCUGUAACAAACAAUUCUCUGCAGAUAUAUUCUUUAGGUAAGUAAAUAUAAUUUCACAAAAUAAGUAUCUCCCAUCAACGAUGGGUAACACAACUAGUAAUCAAUAAAAUUUGUAUGAUUUAUUUAAGGAUUUUUAGGAAAAUAAUACUUUUCGUAAUCAGAUUUUGAUGUAAACUGAAUUAGUUUCAGAUAUAUCAAACAUGAAAUCAAUCGAUAUUAAUCUUGAUCAAUUUCAGUUUAUACAAUAAUUAAAAUUUUGAUAUGGUUAUCCACGUAAAAAUUUUAUCAGAGUUAAAUAAACUUUAACAAAUUGCAAAGCAAAACCUCAAGAAUCCAAGCAUCAUGAGAGACAGCCAGAUGACCAACACUUUAUCCUACUGCUUUGGAAUCCCUAUCUCUCUCUCUCCAUCCUGUGGGCACUGAGGGUCUCUCUGGAAAGCCCAUUAUGGGUUGGCCAGGCCUACAAUGGAACAGCUGGGUGUUGAGGAACGAGGCUAGACAUAUCCGCACAGACCACUUCAAGAUCCCUGCUGUCUUUUUUGAUCCGUCCUGAUUCAAUUCUGGGUCCUACAGCAUGGUAGUCUGCCACCUCAACCGCUCAAAAUCCAGCCCCUUUGUGGAAUCUGGUAGAGAGUCCUGUGAAUAGUCACAGGAAUUUUAUGGGCUAUCUCUCCUGGAUGUGUUUCCGUCUUGUCACCUGGCUGCCUGUCACAACCACAAUGUUAUUGUGUGACACUCCACUUGUCACUGUAAUUUAAGUACUGUACAUUUAAUAAAUUUUUUGUGUGUCAAGUAAA